GCUGGACAAAAUUCUCUAGCCGGUACCGCUACAUCAUCGAGUUGGAUUUGCUCUCUGUUUCCAACUUAAAGGAGCUGAAGAGAGAACCAAAAACAGAGAGAGAGAAAUAAACAAUAAUGGCAUCAGACGAUCAGGAGAUUCCAGAUGGAUCCGUGCGGAAUAUACUAGAACAAGAUACCCUCAAGUGGGUGUUCGUCGGAGGCAAAGGCGGUGUGGGGAAAACGACAUGCAGUUCGAUUCUGUCAAUCCUUCUGGCGAGUGUCAGAUCCUCUGUUUUGAUCAUAUCCACUGACCCAGCUCACAAUCUUAGCGAUGCGUUUCAACAGCGAUUCACCAAGACCCCGACUUUGGUUAAUGGCUUCACCAAUCUAUAUGCUAUGGAAGUUGAUCCUAAUGUUGAAAAUGAGGAAAUAGGCGUGAAUGAUGGAAUGGACAGUGUGUUUUCUGAACUAGCAAAUGCAAUUCCUGGAAUUGACGAGGCUAUGAGCUUUGCAGAAAUGUUGAAGUUGGUGCAAACAAUGGAUUAUUCUGUCAUUGUAUUUGAUACAGCUCCAACUGGUCAUACACUUCGACUAUUACAAUUCCCAUCAACUUUAGAGAAGGGGCUUCAAAAAAUGAUGUCUUUGAAAAAUAAAUUUGGCGGCUUAUUAAGUCAGAUGACCCGCCUCUUUGGUAUUGAUGAUGAAUUUGGUGAAGAUGCCCUUUUGGGAAGGCUUGAGGGCAUGAAAGAUGUGAUUGAACAAGUCAAUAGGCAAUUCAAAGACCCAGAUUUGACAACUUUUGUCUGUGUUUGUAUUCCGGAAUUCCUCUCUCUCUAUGAAACAGAGAGACUGGUGCAGGAACUUACCAAAUUUGAGAUAGAUACACACAAUAUUAUCAUUAACCAAGUACUUUAUAAUGAUGAAGACGUGGAAUCCAAAUUGCUCAAAGCAAGGAUGCGGAUGCAGCAAAAGUAUCUUGAUCAGUUCUACAUGUUGUAUGAUGACUUUCAUAUCACCAAGUUGCCAUUGCUGCCAGAAGAGGUUACUGGGGUUGAAGCUCUGAAAGCUUUCUCAACUCACUUCAAGGCGCCUUAUCAGCCUUGCACCAGUAAAGGCACGGUGGAAGAACUGGAAAGAAGGAUAGCUACACUGAAGGAACAGUUGACGGAUGCUGAAGCAGAACUGGAGAAACUCCAAAAAGGAAAGCAAAUUGCCUAAUGGUCUGUGGACACAUUUUAUCUGAGAUCACGAUUAAAUGGCAAUAUGGCAUCUGCUGACUUCAGUUGCCAGGAAAAGUGGAUCCUUCAUUUCACUAUUGAAUGAUGUCCUGGGUAGAUUUAUUUAAUAUUGAUUUUUUUUGUUCUAAUUAAUUUUUUCAUGAAUUUCUUUUGUACCUUUCACUUCACAAUAAGUGGAAAUUUUUGCCGUCAAAGAAUGGAUUACACGGCCAUAUCGAGUAUCUGUAGGUGCUUAUUUUCUUUACCAUUUUAGACCAUGAAUGGGUUAUUGUCAUUGACGUCGAACAAUAUUCAGAAUAGAAAAUCCUUUUUCCUUA